AUGAUUGUGAUCAUCCUCAAGGGCGAUACACUCACUAAAAAGACGUUAAUCGUCGUAGAGGCGUUGGCAGAUGACAUGGCUGCGCUACACAAGCAGCUUCGCCAAUAUGUUGAUGGAGUACCAGAGGAGGAGCUUGGCCCCAUGUAUUCCGGGCUCCGCAACUUUCAUGGCACAUACUUUUGGCGGUGUAGCCGGGUUAACCCUAAGCAAACCAGGACGACGCGCUGA